CCGAAGGAGCCAAUCCCGGACAAUCAGCAAUGGAUGACAGCAGGCUUUUCACUGUUGGAUUUGAUGAUGAGCCACCAACCUCUCCUCCCAAGCAGCAGAGGAAGACAAAGAGGAAAAGGUUGAGGAAGGCCGAUCAGGGGACAUCCUCCCAAUCCGCCCCCCCUCCUCCCCGAGCAGCCUGAACCUGUUCGGGAUGUAAAACCUGUGCACCAGGUUGCUCCUGAUCAGCAAACUCAUGCUGACACGCUGAUGGAUCAGCUUUUUCUGACCAGCAGUCCCACCAUUUUUCUGCUGAGGAGGUGGCUGCUCAUCAGGCUGACUUGGCUAGUCAGUUCGAGCGGAUCUCCCUCUAUGAUCCUGCUCAUGAGAUGUUGGAGCGGGGUGGCUGUCCGGCGAGCCAAAUCUGGUCCACAUCAGGAUUUCUCAAUGGCCACAAUCUUCCCCCGAUACCGGUGGAGGAGGCCGAGGAGUGUAUUGCUCUGACUGUCUUGAAGGCGGGAAUAUACAGCCUGAAACUCAGAGAGGCCAGGCAGGCAAAGGAACAAAGCCUGCUAAUGGCCAAGGAAACAGCUGAGCAGGCAGUGGAAGCUGAACGACGAGCAUUUGCCGAGGAGCGGAAGAAGCUGGAAGCUGAGGCCGGGGAGCUUCGUGUCCAAGUGGGCUCUCUCCAAGCCAAAAUUGCGGCAGCUGAGGCCGCUCAGGUCAAGUUUUCUGAAGCUCCUCCUCAAAUCCCGGACGGCCCGGCUGAAAUGUUAGUUGAUCUAUCUGCCGUUCGGGAUCAAUUGAAAGCUUCCGAGGAGUUUCUGGCUCUCAAGGAAGAAUACGCCACCGAACAGCUCCCUGCUGUCUUCGGAAGGCACCUGGAGAAACUGGCCGGAGAAGAGCGCCAGAAGGAGGGGAUCAGGGUGCUUGAUCAGCAUUCUGUCACCAAGGAGUGGGCUGAUAACUUCGCCCGCGGGGUCUACAGCUCAGGUUGCCAACAUAUGCUUCAGCCUCUCCUCCCCCUCAUAGAAAAACACAUGGGUCGAGCGGUGCAACCCUCUGACUUUCCCGCUGAUCUUCAUCCCGAUCACCUGAACGCCCUGAUGGCUCAGAUGAAAAAGUGCCGGCGAGCCCUGGGGAUGGAUGUGGUGCAAAUUGUUGAUGAAGC